CGCGUCGCCUCCUUCAAUCCCGGUGCCUCCCCCCCCGCCAUGGGGCCUCUGCCUCGCCCCCGGCUCCUACGGCAACCUUCGGGCUUUCCUCCCUUCCCUCCGGGCUCCCGAGGCGCUAGGAGGGGAGCCACGGCAGCGGAUGUCUACUGAGAUAUUUUUUUUUUUUUUGCAAAGUCUUGGUGGAUGCAACUGGAGCAGUGAGAUGCCCAUGGGCAGCCAUUCUCCUCGGUGUGGCCCUCCUCUGAUGCCAGGCCUGCCAUGACAGCGUUCUUCACCAGUGUUCCCAAUUGGAUUCAAGAUGUCAAGCAGGAAGAAGAGGAGGAGGAGGUGGGCUGGAAACUAGUAGCCAGACCCAAAGCCCGAGAGAGCGAGUGCCCAGGGAAGUGCCAGUAUGAGCUGUCCGAAGCCGCCUUCCCUGGCGUGGAGAAGUUGAGAGCCAGCCCGGAAGCGAGACCGUACUGCUGCCCUCAGCUGCACUGCGGCAAGGCUUUCGCCUCCAAGUACAAGCUCUACAGGCACCUGGCCACCCACUCUGCCCAGAAGCCCCACCAAUGCAUGUACUGUGAGAAAAUGUUCCACCGGAAGGACCACCUGCGCAACCACCUCCAGACCCACGACCCCAACAAAGAAGCCCUCCACUGCCCCGAGUGCGGCAAGAACUACAACACCAAGCUGGGCUACCGGCGCCACCUGGCCAUGCACGCGGCAGCCAGUGGCGACCUCAGCUGCAAAGUCUGCCUGCAGAUGUUCGAGAGCACCCAGGCGCUGCUGGAGCACCUCAAGGCCCACUCGCGCCGGCCCUCGGGCAGCGCCAAGGAGAAGAAGCACCCCUGCGACCACUGCGACCGGCGCUUCUACACCCGCAAGGACGUGCGGCGCCACCUGGUGGUGCACACGGGGCGGAAGGACUUCCUAUGCCAGUACUGCGCCCAGCGGUUCGGCCGGAAGGACCACCUGACCAGGCACAUGAAGAAGAGCCACUCGCAGGAGCUGCUCAAGAUCAAGGCGGAACCCGUGGACAUGCUGGGCCUGCUCAGCUGCAGCUCGGCCGUGGCCGUGAAGGAAGAGCUCAGCCCCGUCUUGUGCAUGGCCUCCAGGGAGGUGAUGAGCGGCAAGGGCUUCCCUGGCAUGCUCCCCAUGGGCAUGUACGGGGCUCACAUCCCGGCCAUGCCCGGCUCAGGGAUGCCCCCUUCGUUAGUCCCCAACCCUCUCCCGAUGGGGAUGAGCUACCCUCUGGAGCCCUCCUCCCCUCCCCAGCCUCCCCCAAAGUACCAGCUUGGAUCUACCUCAUACUUCCCCGACAAAAUCCCCAAAGCGGAGAUGGACAGCUGCCUGGCCGAGCUGCCCGGAGGCCUUUCGCUGAUCGCCGGCGAGCCUGCCUCCUCCUCUUCCCCGCCUCAGCCCACCAGCCUGGAGGAGACGCUGCUCUCCAAGAGCCCAGCUCUCCUCUCCGAAGCCCUCUGUGCUGCUAACAUGGAUUUCUCCCACCUCCUGGGCUUCCUGCCCUUGAACCUCCCUCCCUGCACACCCCCCGUCUCCUCGGGGGGGCUGGUGAUGGGUUAUUCCCAGGGAGAGGCCCAGUCCCUCCUCGCCACUCUGCCGCCCCAGGAGCCCUCCUCGGGAACCGGGCCCUCGCUCGGCUUCGGGGCGCUGCAUCCCUUGCCCUCCGUCUUCUCUCCGGGCUUGGGUGCCACCACUUUGCCACGUUUCCACCAAGCAUUCCAGUGAGAAGAGCGCUGGGACGAAAGCAGAGCUUCUCCCGGCACGUGGAAUCGGGGGUGGGGGGACGGGGGACGUCCGAUGUGCUCGCCUUCGUUGUCUUUCCAGUAAAAGAAAACAAAAGGAAAAGGAAAAAAAAAGCUCGAGGGGAGGAUUGGAACUGUGUACGCCCCAGUCCUGGACAGGGAAAGUAGGUUGCAGUGAAUAGAAUUUCAGGUAUUCUCUUUUUUAUUUUUUUUCCUUUCUUUUCUACGUCGUCGGUCAUCAGGAACCUCACGGGAGUUUUCUCAGCCUUGCUCCCUGUCUCUCCGGAGGAGCUGAAGUCGAGGCCUGUUCCAGACGAAGGGCCCAACUCACCACCUGCAGUUUUGUGUCUCCCUCGGUCGGUGCGGCAGGAAAUCCCCUUUUCUCUCCCCUCCUCUCCCCCCACCCGCAACUUCCCGCCUGUGCAAACUGAGGCGACUGCUCCCGUUUCCCCCACCGACCUAUUCCUGCGGGAUCACCUUUCCUUCUCCACCAUUUCCCACUAUUACGAAUCAGGUAGUGCCCCAGACACCGUUCAGGGUCUCGGGCACAGCGACGGCACUGUUUACACCAUGAAAUCGGCCCGCUCCGGUUUCCACCUCACUACUACUAACUGACUUCUUCCAUAUCUUCCCCUGUGGGGAAAUCAAACUGACUGGGAAUAGCUUCAGCUUUUACCAAUUUAGUUUAGCGCUCUGGAUGGUUGGGGUUUUGCUUUGUUUUUUCUCUCUCCCAGAUCUCUGGGCAGGUCAGAAGGAUCCCUCUGUCCCGACAGGACAGGCUCGCUGUGAUUUUCAGGGUGGUUUUUUUUUGUUUUUUGAGAGGGUUUCCCAAAAGAUGUUAGGGUCUAGCAAUAGCAGCCAUCCCUCCGUGGUCUCUUCCUUAAAGACUUACUGAUCAGGAGCGAGGCCCAUCAUCCUGUCCCCGUUUUCUUCUUACGUUUUUUUUUUGUCCUAAAUCUCCUCGGGCCGUUCUGAGACAAGCAGGCUUAUUGAGGGAUGAUGGCAUUUGGGCUUUGGGGCUCAAGGAAGAGGCUUGCUUCAGCUUCUUUGCUGCCUUUAGGCCAUUUCUGGGUGGUGAGGGUGUAAAUCCCCUUUUCGCCAGCAGCACCCAUGCCCGCUGAGCCCCACCGGCAACAUGAGCACGCCAACCUUGCCGGAAGGAAUUGUGGGGAAAAAGGGUGCGGCAGAGGUGAGACAGCCUUGCUUUCGGCCAAUUCAGUGGCCGCCUUAGGGGGAGUCCAAUAACCUUCUUUUGGGUGGAUAAGCGGGGGGUGGAAACAACAGCCCCCCCCCCUAUUUUCAUAUCCCUUUCCUUCCUGCAAGGUUGGUUCACCUCCUCUAAGCUCCAGAGCCCCAAUUCUGUCUCCCUGCAAGGCGCCCAGCGCUGGCCUCGCACAGCCUCCCUAGUGUGAACUCAACGCAGAGCCAAAGUAAAAUGAGGGUCGCGGGCCCUCCAUCAAGAAAGCAAAGAGAAGCGGGGGGGGGCACAGAGAUGCCCUCAUGGCUGACCAGGGACCGUUCCUGGUGGGCUAUCGUGCCUGCCUUAAGCAAGCGGUGGGCAAUUUGGACGUGGUUGAAACGGCAGCACAGCCAAGUCCUCUCUAUGCUCUUCCUGUAGUGCAGAGUUCCCCAAACUUUCUGGCUUUGCAGAACGGCAGGGAAGGGAGGGGAUAGUUCCACACGAACAGCUGGUGUGUGUGCGCGCAGGUCCAUUUGCACAAGCGGGGGUCACGCGCGCUCGCUGCUCGCGAAAAUGAGGCGUGCGCACAUACAUGUUCACCCACUGCUCACACAAGUUGGAGGGUAUGCAGGCCGGUAGCGGGCCGUGGCCUAGGGGUUGGGGGACCCCUGCCAUACUGUCUGCCAGCUGUCUUGUUUCUCCUUUGUUCACUUGCAGGCCGCUUGGCACGUCCCAUUCCUCUGGAUUCAGAGACGGGUCGUGUUUGAAAGGCCAAGGCAGGCGCUUCGGCCUCUCCAUGUGCCCAAAGCCUACGGAACAUCCUUCGGAAAGGGUGGCAGGAUUUGCCCCCCCCCCACCUUUAAGAGGCGAGCCCACAUCCUGAGUUAAAUACGGGAACUCCCAUGACUCUCAAAGGUGUCGUGUCCCCAUUCUCACCCUUCACUCUCACCCUCCCCAGCUGGGGGCUCUUGUCCAAGUUACAAGUUGGCCAUCUCUGACUGACUUCCCCGAGUGAACUCUCUCUAUUAAAUGUCUAUUACAGUGAAUACCUCAUGAUACCCGGUCUCUGCUCUUCCCCUCUUGCCCCUCCAGGCCUGCUUUGGGGUGGGUCCGCCUCCAUGCAUUUCGGGGUAUCCCCACAGGCCCCCUUCCUUUUUACCUCAUACGCAGGGAGCGGAGCGACGGGGCCUGCCGUGGCUCUCCUACCUGCCUAGAUAUGUUAAGGUGAUCUCUGCAAUAAUGCCUCCAAUUGCAUUUGCUGCUCUUUCUCGAUGCCUGUGCAUAGCAGAUGCUUUUAAAAACCACCUGUUGGCUUCUUCCUUGUAAUUCCAGAUUGCUUUGAAAAUCUAGCCUCCAUCCCCAUCGGCUCCGGUUCUUCGCUGCUUCAUAAGGGAGAUCCCUUCUGCCCUGGGCAUAGUAGGCCUUCUACAUUAGGUCUAGACAGCCUGCCUUUCUUGGAGCAUGUUCUUCGUGAUCUGUUUCAUGUUUUGUAUAAGACUUACCUCAGCAAUCGCAUGUGGCACUGAGUUCCACAGGCCCUGCUUCCUGGUCUUCGUUGUAAGACGUUGCCUUUCUGAUUUUCAGCGUGUGCCUUGCACUGGAGGGUGCCUGGGCGUCUCCUGAUGGUUUUCAGUAUUUUUAAAUACCUCGGUUGCAGUUCCUGUUACUCUUCUUUUCAGAUAUAGUUGCACAUUUUCCUCUUAUGCAAUCCUCAUAUCCCUACCUCAAAACUUACGAGAAGAAGGAAAAAAAAAAAGCAUAUUCCACAUUUCAGUUUCUUCAGGAUGGCAUUGGACUUUGACAUAAAGCUAUUUGCUGGCUUACUUUGCAACUUUGGGCACUUGCUGUCUCUUCUCUGGCCUGAUCCAGCUCGAUCGUUUUAGCGAACGUUACGCGCAAGAGCGUGUUCCAGAUCCUAAACCUUCCUCUGCUGGGGUUGCUUGUUCCUUCGUUUCACUACCCAACCAAAGAUAGAAUAAUUCAAAAAAAAAAAAGGCAGAGCAUUCUUGUCUGUAUCAAAAGACGACUCUUUCUCGUUAGGGAAAAAGAAGAAAAUGGGUUUAUUUCCACCCUAGAUUCAACACUGAAGCCGAAACGGCAGCAGCGGUUUGGGUUUUAUUGUAUAGCAGUAAAAAUGACAUAAGUGGGGGAAAAAAAUCAUAUGAGAAAAGGUGGGGAAGAUCCAAGCGUCAAUCAUCUUUCUUACAAAAGAGCUGUAAGAUCAAAUAUCCUUAAGUACUACUGAUCUACUCUCUCUCCAAUUCCAGGCAAUAGUUUUCCAAAGAUAGAGCGGCCCACAAAUAGUUUUGGGUUGGUUUUUGCUUUUUUGGUUUUUGUGUGGCAUGAUGGGCAAUGAAAAGGAAGCUUGUUUAGUCUUUUGAUGAGGUGAAGGACCUAAAAGGGUCUUUAUCCAUGUAGCUACAGGUGUAGCCUUUUAAAGAAUAGAUGGUAUAAAAUUGUGCCUUUGCCAAUCCAAGAAACGUGUUGUGGCUUGUAUUUUGCUUAGAGCAGACCUCUGCGAGGGAAGAACUUCUGUUAUCGAAAAUAAAGUGGCUUUGUUUUUCAGUCGCGAUGUUCGGGCGGGGUGGGGCGAGAACCAGAAUGCGGGGAAAAGAGAAUAAUUUUCUCCAUCAUGGGGGGGAAAGACCGUUGCUGGCCUACCUAGGUGGCUCUCAGUUUUGAACCAAACUGCUCCCAGUUUGUGCGGGUGGGGGAGAGAAAGGAGCGAGGACUUCACAAAUUUUCGCCCUGGAGUAAAAUUAACCAGACUUUUAAGUCAAUGUCCUGGUCAAUUUCACUGCUGGCUAAUGAGCACUUAAAAGGGAGAACUGAGCAUCCCUGCCCUUGCCAGGGUUAGUUCUGCUGUAGAAGGGAGGGCAACUCUGAUCUUCAGAGAAUUCAUUUGUAUGUGACCUCAGACGUUUUGUGUCACAGGAAAAAUCGGAGAGCUCUCACCUUGCCAUUUGUGAAUGUUUCCUUUCCAGGAUGGCCCCGCGGGCCAAAUCUAAGCACCCCGUGGGCUGGAUCCAGGCCCUGAACCUUGAGUUUGACACCCCUGGUCUAAACCAUAAAGUGGGGGAAAUUCUGUUUAAACUUUGUGUUUGUUGGCAACCAACUGGCCUUUAAUUAAUUGUGCUUUCCAAAUAGCCAUUUCUUUAAAAAAAUCCUUAAACUACAUCCUUGCAUUUGCUCCUAAUUUUAGUUUGCGAAAACCUCUCGUAUUCCUUUUAAGUAGGAUUUGUUUGCCUCGCCUAUGUUUUAUUGCCAUUGAUCUAUUUGCCCAGGAUGGCCGUUUUCUUCUCCUCUUCCUCCUGAAGAAGAAAGCACUUUCAUUUCCCCCAAUCUCCUCGAAUUUACAACGGAUAGCUCACCAAGGGGUAAUCCUGGCCGUGUCCUGGAAGAUUUGAUAGGAUCAGACCUUUGGGAUAAGGCCUCUGGGUUGGCAGAUGCCAGCUGCACAAAAGCUGAUAACAGAAAGGCGAUUUUAAGGCAUCGUCAAGGACGGGAGCAGUCAGCCAUGGCAACUUUGCCACUUGUGGACUCCCAACUCUCAGAAUUCCUGAGCCAGUGGCCCACAAAACCUAUUUUGGGUUGUGGUUUUUUUGUUUUUUUUUGUGGCAUGAUGGGAAAAGGAAAGGAAGCUUGCUUAGUCUUUUGGAGUCUUAAAAGAGUCUUCAAGUAGCUGCAGGUGUAGCCUUUGAAAGUAUAGAGAGUAUAAAUUUGUGCCUCACCCAUCCAAGAAAGUGUUGUAUUUUUCCUUAGUCUUCUGCAAGGGAAGACCUGGCUGGCUCAGGAAUUCUGGGAGUUGAAGUCCACAGGUCGUAAAGUUGCCAUAGUUGAUCACCCUGGCCAAGGGGAGUUAGCGUAAGGGGGCUUUUGGGUUGCCUUUUUCCUACUUGGUAAUCUCAUCUCCUGCUUUCUGCCUUUCAACCUUUUUAUUAAGGAGAGUUGCUACCAUGUGGUGGCCCAGCGGUCAGAAUGCAGCAUUGCAGGCUGACUCUGCCGACUGCCAGCAAGUUCAAUUCUCACCGGCUCAAGGUUGACUCAGCCCUUCCCUCCUUCCGAGGUGGGUCAAACGAGGACCCAGAUUGUUUGGGGGCAAGAGGCUGAGUCUGUAAACCGCUUAGAGGGGGCUGGGAAGCGGUAUAGAAGUUUUAAGUGCUAGUGCUAUUUUGCACUCUCGGUACCAGGUUUAGCUUGUGUCUCUGGUGUUAUUUUUUGCCCCAAUUUUUUUUGUUUUCGCUGGCUUUGCUGUACCAACCUCUUUCAUUUGUGAAGCUAAAUCACAGGACAUUUGAAGCUUUUCGUUCAGAGUCCUUUCUUCCUUUUGGCUUAGCAGCAAGCGGAGUGACCGAGUGGCCAUUGGGCUGCUUCCGAUAGGAUUUCUUUCCAGUGUAUAUAUUAAAUUCUAACCCAUUUUUUUUGUAUCUUUUCUUCAGCUGGCUAAAAUUUUGCAAUUUUGGCUGUUGUUUUUUCCCCCCUCCAAAGAGAGCAAAUUAUUCAGGAUUAUGGAAAAAAAACCUCCCGGGUGUGUCUCUUCCCCACCGUAUUUUCAUCCUUCCCUGCUGUAAUUCAGAAUAUGCCUUGGAUUCAGGGAGUUGCUCAUCCUAGGAAAAAACUUCCUAAAUUCUUCCCUCACCGCUAGUGGGAUUAAUUUGAAUCCCCCCCCCCCCCACAAGAAAGAGGCCCUGCGUAGCCCUAAUGCUUUUGGAGUGAUCAGUGGGAAUCAGUAACUUAAACGGAAAAUAUCCCCACAAAGGGGGAAGUGUUUUAAGUGAACUCUGUAAUAAGAGACCAACUUCCUCUGUUAUUUGUCCUCCGUACUUAUUUUAUUUCACACACAGACACACACACACACACACACACACUGGUCAUUCUGCUUUCUUUGAAGACUUUCUGCAUUUUAAUAGUAUUGUGAAUAUUGAAUUUAUUUUGGAUGACGGACCCCAUUGCCCCCUUCUGGCAGUUAAGAAUCCUGAAAAAUAACCCAAGUUUUCUGCCUGUGUGAUAAGACUCACAGCUGGUCCAUGAACCGAUUCCGAACGCUCCCUCUCCCGUUGGCACGUCCCGUGUGAACGAAUCCACGUUUCCCACCAUGAUUUACGUAAUUUCCUACUUUGGGACUUCCUCCCAAGAUGCCAAGCCAAAACUGGGUCGGAACGGGGCAACUUGGUGCAGCCAAUUCACUGAGGCCAACUCAGCGCAGCUAAUUUGUGAGAUAAUAACUCAUUGCAGGACAAUUCAACCAUUUUUCAGUAUUUAAAAUAAUUUAACAUGUUUUAAUUUUUGUCGUUCACAUUUCAUUUUGUCCCGCCUUUUGCAUCCUCCCUUUAAUGGUUCUAUUCCACCAAUUUCUCCAAUGUUAAGUGUAACUCAUGACCCACGGCGAGUUAGUUGCACUGAGUUAUCCUAGACCCGAAUGGGUUCUUCUCCCAGCUUUGCAGUCAUCCAAAAAUAAGGUACAUAUAUUCUUCCCCCUUUUAAAAAAGACAAAUUGAAAAAUCAAUUUUCUGCCUCAGUUUGUGGUUGGUUCUCAAAUUCCAUCAUGUCAAUUUUCUGAGAGUUGUGUGGUUUGGGUUAAAAGAAAGAAAAAAACCCCGAUGUGUGUUAAAUGAAAAAUAUAUUUUUUUGGUAAGCAGGGGUGGGACAGCCUAUCUUGAGGAUCAAACAGCUGGCCUCUGGUAUUCCUCUGCCGAUUUUUUAUGAUGCUGUAUCAUAGGUCCUACCUGUACAAGAGAGGGCACCUGUCAGGACAGGUGUUCUCAACUUGAUUUUAAGAAGAACUAGGAAUUCAGUCCUUUGGGUCAGGGGUCUCCAACUUUGGUCCCUUUAAGACUUGUGGACUUCAACUCCCAGAGUUCCUCAGCCAGCAAAGCUGGGAGUUGAAGUCCACAAGUCUUAAAGGGACCA